AUGAGCAUCGAUGCCAUGCUUGACAUGGAGCGGCAGGAGGUCCUCGCUCUGCUGGAGGGCAACAAAGAGGCCCAAUCCGCCAGAGACGGGCGGUCGGGUUCGCCUUACGCGUCGCGUUCUCCUGGUCGCGGCAUGCUUGAUAUCGCAGAGGAUGAGAUUCCUCCGAGCAAUGCCACGUCUUCUUCCAACAGACCGGCUCCGGCCUCUCAGGGCCCCGUGAGGAGCAUGCUCGACGUUAAGGCGCCGCCUUCUCCACAGCUGGUCCGCAGCAUGCUCGAUGUUAGUGGCUCUGUGCCGGACUCUCCCAGACGAGCUGGCCGCAGCUCAACUCCAAGCUCUCCUCUACUAACGUCUAGUGACCCUACCUUGAGGCAGUCGCCGACUUCAGGCUUGGCGCCCCGGAGUAGAUCUGAUGCUGGCUUGCUUUCUGAUCCUGGACGGGGCCCACGAAGCAGCCUGAUGUCCAACUAUCAAUUUUCUAGUAUACUGCCGCAUAGCUCAGGACCUCAGCCGUCAGUGAGGUGGUCGUCUUCGAGAAACAGCAAAGGUAACAAGCGAGAUAGUGUAGGAUCCCUAGGCCCUGAGGGCGCGCUUCCUACGGAUAGGGGCCGGUCUCCGCUUGGAGCCUCUCGGUUUUUCGGCGGAUCCAAAUCUUCUCAAAAUCGCCGCUGGAGCAGUAGGUCUCAAUCUCCGGCGACGUUUGCUUCAUCACAGCUACCCCCGGGCAAGGCCCUUUUGAAAGAUGGCCAAGUGAUGGAUCUCAACAGCGCCUAUAGAAAACUGUCAGAUGCGAAUCUCAUGCAUUCUAGCGGAAGCCUGGCGCAACUGCCGAUGCGGAAGAAGAACGGAGAGGCUGGAGAGGGCAGGCUGGUCAAGGAUUAUGUCGGACCGGAUGGCGAACAGCUCGAUUCUAGUGAAGAAGAGGAAGAAGAGUCAUCCGACGACGAAGACCGAGGGCGUAAGAACACGGCCAGUGGCUCGCAGCCUGGAGGGCGGCAGGCCUUGAGCUUGCUUGCGGCGGCGGAACAAGAACGCUCGCAGGUAGCAUCCCAGCAGCCUCAAUAUCAGUACCGGUCCCUGAUUGCGGAGCCUGAGAUCAAAGUAACAAGUGCGUCCGGAGAGACUGCGAAGCCGUCAAAGGCCAAUAAGGGCGUCCAUCCGGCCACCAGCUAUGACCAGGGCCCGAUGUCGCGGGCCCCAUCUAUGAAGGACUCGGAUGACGAAGCUGACAUUGACGAUAUCAAGAGGGCCCAGAAUUUGUCCUUUACAAUGACCAACAUAUUGGAAACGCCAGAGGCGCAUCGUGCUAUCCGUAUCAUCUACCGCGGAGAUUACAAUAGAAUUGUCCAGGCAGCUGAAGAGGAGAAUCACAGACUCCGAAAGUAUUUGGUGGCCACGGACCUUAGUGACGAGUCCACUCAUGCUCUCGAAUGGGCAAUCGGCACAGUCCUUCGAGAUGGUGAUACUCUGGUCGCGAUCUAUUGCAUCGAUGAAGACACAGGCAUAACGACGGGUGAGGGAUCUGUUGUUCCUGAUGAAUCAAAGGCAAUGAAAGAGCAAGCGGCCGCCAUCAACAUGAUGGCAAACGCGAAAGCAGCACCAGCGCAGAUGAAUCUGGUAUCAGAGUUCAAGCGUAGCUCGGCUUUCUAUCUACGAGGCACUGGUUCCAAUAUAGGUACGCCCAGAGGUACGCCCAGGGGCACACCAAGGGGAACACCAACCGGAUCGCCAGCGCCGCUGUAUCGUGGCGACCGCUUCAAGGCCGAGCAGGAGCGCAACCGCGCUGUGCAGGAGAUUACAGAUAGGGUUCUCCGUCUCCUCAGGAAAACUAGGCUUCAGGUGAGGGUCAUUGUGGAAGUUUUGCACUGCAAGAAUCCACGACACCUCGUCACAGAGGUGAUUGACCUCGUCAACCCCACUCUAGUUGUGAUUGGGAGCCGGGGCCGAAGUGCGCUCAAGGGUGUCAUUCUGGGAUCAUUCUCUAAUUAUCUGGUUACCAAGAGUUCAGUGCCUGUGAUGGUGGCCCGGAAGAAGCUGCGGAAACAAUCCAAGUACAAGCGAACGCCGGUGAAGCAGGUGAACAACAUUAGCAACCCAACGGCCAGAAGCUUGGCCAAUGCCAAAGUUGACUAGAAGUCAGUCAAGUUUUGAGAGGUUUCGCUGGACGUGCUACGCAAACAUAUUUUGGCUCCUGGCUGUCCGGACACUGAUAACAGAGAAUAUGGAAAUCGUGCGCGCAGCGAUUGUCACUGCUUGAUUUUCUUCGUUUUCCCACGCCCCCUCCUCCUCGUCGAUAUGUAUGUACUGGGGAUCUCUGACCAGGGUGUGAGAGCGCCAACCACAAGUUCCGCUCAGUGACCACGGGGGACAAGCGCAAGCUACUAUUGUAUUGAACUAGAUCGGUUGAAGCGACGAAUUCAGCGGUAGCGGAGCCUAGGCGCGAGAUGGAGUUGCUGGCUUUUCUUCUUUCGUUUAUUUCAUUCUUACUCGUUUGGGUCUUGUUUUGGGGGGAGCGAGGAGAGAAGUUUGAGCUGCUCUUGUAUCUUUUCUCUUGCUUUACCCCACGGAGUAACGCGUUUAAUAGGUAGUGAUGUGUGGAAUUCCUGGGAGAUGACGAAAACAAGCAAUGAAAACUACAAACUGAGAACGGGCGUCUUUUUUUAGUCUCUUGACGCUUCUUCUCUCAU